CUUGUGUUUUCUAGUUUCAGUGUCGUCAGCGUUUGGGAAUUCUUCAAGAUCUUCAUUCUUCCUUUCAUCACAAGCUCUCACCAUGUUUGAUGAUCAAGACCUUGGUUUCUUCUCGAGUUUCCUUGGAAUCUUCAUUUUUGUUCUGGUUAUAGCGUAUCAUUUUGUUAUGGCUGACCCAAAAUAUGAAGGCAAUUGAAGAUUUUGCACUUCUUUUUAAGUGUCUGCAAUGGACCUUUAGAUGAUAAUUUUUGUAGAUCAGGUUGUUUCAGAAAUGGAGACAAAUCAUUGUUGUUGACAACCUUUGACGAACUAUUGCUAUAAAAUUCUUCUUAUUGCUGAUGUUUUUCUUGAGAAUAUUUUAUUAUAUUUUUCUUUUUUCUUUUUUUCUUUACAUGCACAAGUGCUUUAGCAUCUAUUAAUGAAAAUGAUUCCAUCAGACAACUGCUUUAAACAUAUAGCAGUUGAGGCUGCAUUGUGUUGGACAUGCAGCUAGUGUCUUGGAGCAGAAAGUGGGGGUAGCAUUUUAAUUCAGGAUAGUCAAUCAUUUGAUCCAUACUAACCCUGAAUAUAGCCUUAAGGGAUUGGAUAAUUCCUGAAGAAUUUCAUUAAAUUGCAUCGAAUACUUCUUGAUAGGUAUAUACACAGGCUUUAGAAAAUCCUAGUUCAUAUAUUCUUUUCUGUCGUCUCUUUUAUCUAGCUGCAGAAAAAAGAAU